GCCCUCAUAUCAGCACAAAUAAAAUAAAAGGAAACUAAAAAAAAAAAGAAAAAAAUAGGGAAAAGGUGUAGAUUUUCUUUGUGAUUGUCCGAUUGUGUAAGAUCGAUCGUACCAUCGAUUGUUCGGUAAUUUGCUCCAAUCGGCUGUCUAAGAAUGGUUUCAUUGGUUGCCAGUGGCAGCAGUCAAAUGUCUCCUUCAGUUUCUGUCCAAGAAAAAGGAAGUAGAAAUAAGAGAAAAUUCAGGGCUGAUCCUCCUUUGGGGGAGUCCAAUAAGAUUAUUCCUUCACCCCAAAGUGAGUGCCUUGGUUAUGAAUUCUCUGCUGAGAAGUUUGAAAUUGCCCCGGCUCAUGGGCAAGCCGCGGCUUGUGACCUGUGUAGUAUUAGCCAGGAUCAUUCUGCCGAUGGAUUGAAGCUUGACCUUGGGUUGUAUAGUCCUGGAAGUGCAUCUGAGGUCGGGCCUAGUCAUCCAAAGGAAGGACUCGAUGCAGAUGAAUUCAACGAUGCUGAUUGGAAUGAUCUCACUGAAGCCCAAUUGGAAGAGCUUGUCUUGAGUAAUUUGGACACCAUUUUCAAGAGUGCAAUAAAAAAAAUUGCUGCAUUGGGAUAUACAGAAGAAAUUGCAACUAAGGCCAUCUUGAGGUCUGGCAUCUGCUAUGGAUAUAAAGAUACUGAGUCUAAUAUAAUUGAUAAUGCUGUAGCAUUUCUUAGAAACAGCCAAGAGAUUGAUCCUUCACGCGAGCACUAUUUUGAAGAUUUAGUGCAGCUUGAGAAGUAUAUCUUAGCUGAAUUGGUUUGUGUACUUAGAGAGGUUAGGCCAUUCUUCAGUAUCGGCGAUGCAAUGUGGUGUUUGUUAAUUUGCGACAUGAAUGUGUCACAUGCUUGUGCAAUGGAUGGUGACCCUUUAAGUUGUUUAGGUAGUGAUGGCACUAUGGAUGGUGGUUCAUCUAGCCAAAUGGAAUUGCAAUCAACAGCAGAAAUAAAAGUUCCUGAGUUCAGUUUUCCAAAUCCUUGUAAAUCGAUUCCUGCAGGUUCUCAUAAUUCUCAAUCCAAGAAACCCUUCGCGGUGGGAAUUCCUGGCAUGAAUAACUCAAAGAAUUCUCAUGUUCUUGGUGGUGGACUCUUAGAGAAUGGGGGUACCACUUUUGGAUCUGAUUGUGUUAAUAAAGCUUUUACUACUGUUGCAACAUCUCAAUCUCCCCUGGUCGAUGAAAAAUGGGGGAAUGUUAGGAAGUUCCAUUCUGGCAGCACCAAGAGGGACUAUGUUCUUCGACAAAAGUCGUUUCAUGUGGAAAAGAAUUAUCGGACUUAUGGAUCCAAAGGGUCUUCAAGAGGAGGGAAGCUGAGUAGCUUUGGUAGUUUAAUCUUGGAUAAGAAACUUAAAUCUGUGUCAGAAUCUUCUACGAUAAAUUUAAAGAGUGCAUCCUUACAGAUAAGUAAGGCAAUGGGGGUUGAUGUGAUUCAAGACAAUAAUGCUAAUUUCUCAUCCCCUGCCGGACCAUCUGUCUCGACUUCAUUCCGGUUGGAUUCUGCUCCUGAUCUCAUCUCUAGAUCGACCAAUACUUCGUAUUCAGUACAUGCAGCAAAUACUCUACCUGCAUUCAGUAGUCCAGCUCCUUUAUCAGCUACAGAUACUGAUCUUUCUCUUUCAUUGUCUUCAAGAAUCAAGUCUUCUCCGGCACCUGUCUACGUCAAUAAGGAGGCACCUAGUAAUAGUCAUGUGGGUUUAUCAUCUGACAAGCCCCUUGGUCAACGGGUACCACAAGAUAGAAAGGAUGAAAUGAUUUUGAAGCUGGUUCCAAGGGUUCGUGAGCUGCAAAAUCAACUUCAAGAAUGGACUGAAUGGGCCAAUCAAAAAGUUAUGCAAGCUGCUCGUCGGCUGGGUAAGGAUAAGGCUGAGCUCAAGACACUUCGACAAGAGAAAGAGGAAGUUGAGCGUCUUAAGAAAGAGAAACAAUCUCUGGAAGAAAACACUCUGAAGAAGCUUUCCGAGAUGGAAAAUGCCUUAUGCAAAGCAAGUGGACAGGUAGAGCGAGCUAAUGCUGCUGUUAGGAAGCUUGAGGUUGAGAAUGCUGCUUUAAGGAGAGAGAUGGAGGCUGCUAAACUACGUGCUGCAGAAACUGCCGCAAGCUGUCAGGAGGUCUCAAAAAGGGAAAAGAAAACCCAAAUGAAGUUUCAGUCUUGGGAGAAACAGAAAUCCUUGUUUCAGGAAGAGCUAGUUACCGAAAAACGUAAAUUAGCGCAGCUGCUGCAGGAACUAGAGCAAUCUAAGGUGCAACAGGAACAAGCUGAGGCUAGAUGGCAGCAAGAAGCGAAGGCGAAAGAAGAACUUCUUCUACAGGCCAAUUCUAUAAAAAAGGAAAGAGAACAGAUUGAGGAGUCAGCAAAGUCCAAAGAGGAUAUGAUCAAAUUGAAAGCGGAGAGAAAUCUGCUCAAGUACAGAGAUGAUAUCCAUAAACUUGAAAAGGAAAUUGCACAGCUGAGGUUGAAGACUGACUCUUCCAAGAUCGCUGCACUGAGGAUGGGCAUCGAUGGAAGCUAUGCUGGCAGGUUCGCGGACCUCAAAAAUGUUGCAGCCAUGGGAGGGCCCCGGAAUUCUUUUAUAAGGGAGCUAGUCAGCGACUACUCAGUGACAUCCGGUGGGGUUAAACGCGAACGCGAGUGUGUGAUGUGCCUUUCGGAGGAGAUGUCCGUGGUCUUCCUUCCCUGUGCACAUCAGGUUGUUUGCACAACAUGCAAUGAGCUCCAUGAAAAGCAAGGUAUGCAAGAUUGCCCUUCUUGCAGGAGCCCGAUCCAGCGGCGUAUCGCCAUACGGUAUACACAUACAUAAUAUUUAUUUAUUUAUUUAUUUAUACUUUGAGCGAGUUGAGAGUUUUGAAUAAUGUCUGUGGGACUUCAGAAUGAAUAAAGCAUUCUAAUCAUGCAUCUCAACAGUUGGUUGAUACAUUAAGCUGCUUUCAAUGGCAAGGUUGAUUUUUGGUUGGUUCUGUUUUUUCUCCUCUUCUGUUUUGAUGUUAUUCUUGAGAAGGUGCACUUGCCUUCCUUAGCUUGUUACUGUGAUAUGAUGCUGAAGUAAAUAAAUAUGCAGAAGAAAUUAUACCUA